AUGAAGUUUCUCUGCGACCACCGUCGCACAGGCGAAGCGCUUGUCAAUUGGGCGCGGCCCCUGAGUCCAGUCAUGUCGACACACUUCUUCUGGAGCUCGGGAACAACGAUGCAGAAAUCACAAGAGGGCCUUCUCCGAUCGCUACUCUACGACGUCUUUAAGAAGUCACCCAAGAUCAUGAAAAUGGUCUGCCCGCAGCGCUGGGAAGCUUCUAGGAGAGGUGAAGGCGAUCUGGAGCCAUGGACACUGUCAGAGCUGCGCAGAACUUUGGCUAAUCUUGCGACUUGUGAUGGGCUCGGCUAUAAAUUCUGCUUCUUCAUUGAUGGACUUGACGAGUACGAGGGAGAUCACUCCGAGAUCAUCGCCAUGCUACGCUCGCUGGCUACUUCGCCACAUAUCAAGCUUUGCGUGUCCAGUCGCCCAUGGAACGUCUUUGAGGAUGAGUAUGGGAGGUUCACUGACAGAAAAUUGUAUCUCCAGGAUUUGACGAGCCAAGAUAUACGUCACUAUGUUCGCAGAAAGCUGGAAGAGCAUCCAAACUGGCAGGUUCUCCCGUCUGAGGAGCCCCUAUACAAAAGUCUCCUAGAAGAAGUAACCACAAAAGCCCAGGGGGUGUUCUUGUGGGUAUAUCUCGUCAUCCGCUCUUUAUACGAAGGCCUUACAAACGGCGAUUCUCUUCCUGCGCUUGAACGAAGAACUCGCGAUCUACCUGCAGAUCUUGAGUCCUUCUUCAAGCACAUGCUCGACUCCGUAGACUCGUUCUACCACGUGCAAAUGGUGCGAACGUUUCAAGUAGCCAUGGGUUCGACAUGUCCUUUACCGCUGAUGAUCUACUCCUUCCUCGACGAAGAUUUCGAGAAUCAAAAUUUCGCGCUCCAGAUCCCAGUCAAGCAAAUGCCGAUGCUCGAGGUAGUUCGUCGCCAUGAACAACUGCGAAGACGCCUCAACGGGCGAUGCAAGGGCCUCCUGGAAGUCUGCCGCGACAACAACGAAGGGCCGUACAUGGGCCACCGCGUCGAUUUCUUGCAUCGAACUGUACGAGAUUUUUUACGAACCAAGGAGAUG